AUGUCAACGGUUUUUGACGGUUCGCUCAACCACCAGCUGUCAUCCUUUCAGUAUGUGACUCAGCAGCAACAGCAACAGCAACAACAACAGCAGCAGCAGCAACAUCAGGCUCAGCAGCAGCAACUGCAACAGCAGCAACAGCAAUUGCAACACCAGCAGCUGCACCACCACCAGCAACAGCUCCACCAUCACCACCAGCAACAACAGCAGCAGUUAGAGCAACAGCAACAACUGCAACAGCAGAAAUUACUGGCCCAACACCACCAGCAACUGCAGCAACAUCAACUUCAGCAGCAGCUUCAACACCAGCACCAGCAGCGCCAAUCGCUCUUCCACCCUCUGCCCGGAAACGAUAGCCUGGCUGCAACAUCUGCUCUUAUCGAUGACUGUUGCACGCUGACCCACACUGUUGACGACUUUUGCUGCACUACAGUCGAGCCGACUCCAUGUUGUGGUCCUCAAUCGGAGCUGCAACUCGAUAUCCUCGAGUGCUGCAACAGCUCUCACUCGACCCCGACCAGCACGCCUUACGGACUGCAGGAAAUUGAGUGCUGCAUCAUCGACUCUGCCAUCAAGGAUGGUAUUGAUUCGGACUGUUGCCAGGACCUGGUCCGACCCGGCGGCAUGAUCGUCGGGCCUGCUGCGCCCAACUGUUGCUCGGAACAUCCAGAGGUUCUGAACGAUUGUUGCCUCACCUGCUGUCCCGACACCGUCUCGUCCACCCCUGGAUCUGUGUCCACCUCGGUCGCACCCUCGGAGGCAUCCACCUCGCCCACCUCGGUCGGCACCCUGCAGUCGCCGCAUUAUUUUUCUACACAGACGUUGCAGUGCAACUCUAUCGAUGAGCCCUGGAACCCCGCUGGGAUCUGCACCUCGGAUGGCCAUGCGCAGCGCAACAGCAUGGAUUGCAACCAACCCUCGGCGUUCCACUUUUUAACAAGCACGACCACCACCAACAUCCUCGGAGGGAAUAAUGACGGGUACAACAACAACAACAACACCAGCAACCACCAAAACAACCGAGGCCAUUCCCACAGUCAUAGCCAUGGUACCCAUACCAACCACGGCCACAGCCACAGCCACGGUCAUAACCAUAGCCAUAACCUCAACCUCACUCACAGCCACGGCCAUGGCCAUGGCUCGUUCUCCAAUGGGUCUCCUAUGGGCUCCCUCGCAGGAACACCCUCGUCCAGUGUCUCCCUCGGGUCUGACUCAAUGGACGACGCUCAAAUCGACCACAUGAUUCGCUGUCUCUGGACUGGCUGCACUGCUGAGUUUAUCUCACAGGAAGACCUUCUGCCGCACGUAUCUCAGCUACACGUGCCCAUACCCGAGAACGAUCACGCCUUGUGUCUCUGGGAAUCUUGUGAAACUGAGCAAACCGACGGCGACCAGCUAUUACAUCAUCUUCGAGCAGACCACCACAUUGUCUUGCCCCCUGCAGCAGCAGAAGCUGCACUCGACGCUCGUCCUUUGCGUCCGGAGAUCAAGGCCAAGCUUAUUGCAUCAAGGGAACCCGUUAUCGCUCCUAACCCUCUGUCGCCACCAAUUCAGGAUGAUCGUGACGCAAGUUCUGGAGAGGAACAGCACCGUUGUCGAUGGAAGGGCUGUAAGCGGUCAUUCUCCAACUAUGAUUCGCUCACCACCCAUCUGAGCGAGGACCACAUCGGCACCGGCAAGGGCGAGUACGUUUGUGAGUGGGAGGGUUGCGAGCGCAACGGACGUGGAUUCGGUCAGCGACAAAAGGCGAUGAGGCACAUUCAAACGCACACCGGAGACAAGCCCUACCAGUGUUCGAUCUGCAAGAAGCGGUUCUCAGAGGCGAACAUUAUGGCCCAGCAUAUGCGUAUCCACACCGGUGAGAAACCCUUCAAGUGCCCUGAGCCUGGCUGCGGUCGCUCAUUCUCGAUCUCUGGUGCGCUGACGAUCCAUCGUCGAAUCCACACUGGCGAGAAGCCCUUCAAGUGCAAGUUUGAGGGCUGCAACAAGUGGUUUGCAGAGUCUUCAAACUUGACCAAGCAUCUCCGUGUCCAUACCGGCGAACGUCCGUCUCAGUGCCCAUUCCCUGGGUGUGAGAAGCGUUUCUCUAGGCCAGACCAGCUCACUCGACACAAGCGCACGCACUUGACCCCUGCAGAGAAGGCGGCCGAAAAGGCUGCUGCCGAGACUCUGGUUGGAGUGAAGGCUGUCAAACGAUCGGCCCAAGCAUCGUCGUCGACUGCCUCGCCCGAGCUGUCCUCCUACCAAGAAGAUGAUGUCGAUUCUUGGUCCUCCCCGACUUCUCCUAUUUCUCUUCCUUCUGCUACCGUCUCUGGCAACGCUGAUCCUGGAUACGACUGGCCAGUCGACGAAAGCCAUCGCAAGCGAGUCAAGACAUGA